UUUGCAUCAUUUUGGGCUUUCGUCGUUUCUGAUGUUGUCGUCGAUGAAGACUUCAGGCUUUAUAGCAGCAUCGUCGUUGAUGGAGAGUUCUUCACUUUGGGUGUCGUUAUUAUUGGAUUUUUAUCGAAUUACGAUAAUAGAACAUGCCUAUCUAAAAUCUUCCUUCCAGUUACAAAUGACCACGUCGCUUCAGAAUCCAUAAAAGACAAGAAAGAAGAAUCAACAACUGAAAAAGAUGGCGCUGUUAAAGGAGAAGGUCAUCAUUUAAUGAUUCGUGCCGGUCUUAUAAGGCAGUCUUCAUCGGGCGUCUAUUCUUUGUUACCUUUCGCAUUACGUUCUCUAGAAAAACUUGAAAAAAUCAUAGAUCAGGAAAUGAGAAACAUUGGUAUGCUUGAGACUGCCGCCAAUACGUGGAAGAAAACAGGGAGAUGGAAUGUUACUGGGAGCGAGCUAUUUAAGCUUAAGGAUCGUAAGGCUUCUGAUUUUUGUCUAGCUCCAACGCAUGAAGAAGAAAUUACACAACUGGUUGCAAAUGACAUUUUUUCUUACAGACAACUUCCAUUACGAUUAUAUCAAACGGGCAAAAAAUUUCGUGACGAGAUGCGACCACGUGCGGGUUUACUUCGUGGACGGGAAUUUAUUAUGAAAGAUUUAUAUACAUUUGACGUUACUGAAGAGGCUGCCUUAAAAACCUAUGAGGAAGUUAAUGAAGCAUAUAAAAAGAUAUUUACUCGGAUUGGAUUACCGUUUGCUGUCGCCGAAGCUGACACUGGCAUUAUCGGUGGAACAAAAUCACAUGAAUUUCAUUUUUUGUCACCUGCUGGAGAAGAUUCGAUUUUAUCAUGCAUUCGAUGCGGAUACACGUCUAAUGAAGAAUGUGCUCGUGACAUCAAUGAUGGAUGCCCUGUUUGUUAUAAAAAUUCUAUUACAUCACACGAUUCUGUUAAUUUUCAUCCACUUACAAGCAAUCGUGCAAUAGAAGUUGGUCAUACAUUUCUUUUAGGAACAAAGUAUUCGGAUCCAUUAAAAGCUACAUUUGCACCUGAAAAUCCACGCCAUAAUGGUGAAUUACUGUCAAUCCAAAUGGGAUGUUAUGGUAUAGGUGUUUCACGAAUGAUUGCAGCAGUUGUCGAAUCAUCACAUGACUCAAAAGGAAUAAUAUGGCCACCGUCAAUCGCGCCAUACCGUGUGUGUAUCAUUCCAAGUGGUGAUGAUCCAGAGAUUACUGAAAAAACUCGGUCUUUAUAUGAUUUUCUAACUUCUGAAUGUGACGGGUUGAAUGGUGAAAUUUUGAUCGACGAUCGUAUGAAUUUAACAUUUGGAUACCGCAUGAAAGAUGCUGAACUUCUUGGAUAUCCUUGGUUAAUGAUUAUAGGGAAAAAAUUCUUGGAAAGUGGAAAGAUUGAAAUACAUGAAAGACAUAAUAAUCAACGAAGAUAUUUAGAAUUCGAUGAAAUAAAAAAAUCUUAUUGUUGGUCGUAA